AUGGCGGUGAGACUGCUGGAGGAACUGGCAGGGAAGGUCGCAGAGUCACAGGGAGACCGCAUGGGAGUACUGCAGGGCGCUCUGCCUGCUUGGCUGGAAUACGUACAGUCACUAGACGACGCGCAGGCCGUUGAGGGUUACCUGGAGACUGCGCCACACGGUCUGCAACAUGCGGAGUCGGACGCUGUGCGCUCCGCUGUCAUCCGCAAGUUGAAAUCCGCGCGGGCCUGCGGGGCCCGACGCAAACAGCAGGACUACUUUUGUUUUCCACGCUACUUGACUUUGGAAGAAUGGGGUCGGAUAUCUUCUUCCCCGACUGAACGAGUAGCGUCAGAGGUGCUGGCGGAUGUUUUGUAUGCCAGAAUGGGUCUACGCGCGCCCACGGAAGCGACCUACGCCAUGUGCGUGGCAGUGCUGGCGCACACCCAUGGGCAUCUAAGGGACACCACGUUCCAACUCGGAACACUUCUGCAAACGAUGAAGCAAGCCUGGCGCGCACACUUCCGGAGGCAUGAUGUGAAGGGAGAGGAUGAGUGUUUGCUGGAGUUGUUGCCAAAGGAAUCCUCACAAAUUCCUCUGGCUGCCAAGGAGCGACUCAACCUGGAAGCGUUGACUCCGGAGGAUCGCAUGCCUGUGUCGUGGGCACAGCUGACAGCAUUCGCACCACGCGUGCGGUUGCGGCAGUCUCGACCUGAGACACGUGAGCAAGCAUGGAUGCCACAGUUGGCCGAACUAGUGUCUCAGCUGCGCGCUCGGGACGAUGGAGGUCUGCGCAACCUGAAGAUUUUUCCUCGAACGGACGGAGGGCAAAUGGCACCGUUGGCGUUGGGAGACGCUGGACAGGACAGGACUGGAAGCCUUCAAGAAGUGGCAGUCCAAAGUCUACGUGACUUACCGGGUCCGCCGGCUGCAUCCCACCGGGAAGCCGCUGGACAAGUACUGAUGAUCCACGCGGAGCCGAGUGUUGCAGGGGACGGCCAGUGUGCAGUGGUGCCUCUGUUGCCAGGGCCAUCACUGGAAGUCCAGGAGACACAGACAGAGACACCUCCGCCUGUUGAAGAUGAGGUGAAAGCUGGGGGCCAGUUUUUACAGCAAGCAGAAGCGUUACUACGUGCGCGCGCACAAAAGCGCACCGCGACAGAGGACCAGGCGUCCGCCAAACCAAAGGGCAAGGGGAAAGCCAAAGCAAAGGCCAAGUCCGGCGCGAAGCAGGCGGCCGCGAAGUCGAAAGCCGCUGCGGGGCGCGGACCAGCCAAGCGACCAGCCACGCGACAGGCGCAGAAGUCCGUGGCCGGCGCGCAGGCGAGUGAUGGGGAUCAGGCCAAGCCGGGCAACAUCACCUUCGAGGCCAAGGGCUGGGGCCCUUGCAAGGCUGAGUUUUAUACCCACAAGUCCUACAUUCGACACAUGGUCGACGGACGUUUGCGGAUGAUCAUCGGAAGCACAGCUACGGGCCAUGCUUCCAUCUGUCGCAACCUUGUGCGUCACGUGAAGUCGGGAAAGACUCGAGAAGCGCUGACCCUGAUCCGAGAUAGGAUGGUGCAAGAGCGCGCCGCAACAUGCCGAACGGAGGCAGUGCACGCGGUUCCUCGCGCAGUGAGUACUCGUGUGCCAGAGGAGUCCGAGGGUUCGACCUCGCCGGCGAACCCACCACCAGGGGUGACCCCGAAAGCGGUCCCUCCCGCAGCGCCAAAGGCCGCAGCACCGGUAGAACCUGUGCCCCCGGCAGCAGCGAAGGAGCGUGCAGCCUCUCCCACAGAUGUCUCUGACAGUGAGUCUGCAGAGCCAAAGGGGCGCGCAAAAGGUGCGAGCGUCCGCUGUGAGCACUGUUGGCGACAAGUGGCGAAGUCGGGUCUCGCCAUGCAUUAA